AUGAAGUCUUCACAAAAUGUAUAUUUGUUCCCUAUGUUGGCAGUCGAGGAUCUUCAACUCACCGAGGUUGAAAGUCUUUUCCAUCUUAUCCAAACUCAUGACACGGACUGGGUCCAACUUCGGGCUUCAUUCAAGAUUCCAGAUGACUGCAAGUCCGUUUUAAAUAAGAUCGACGACUCGGUUUCUCACUCCGAUGGAAUGCAUGAAAUUGCGUUACAACUUCGUCUAAUGAGCCUUCUUAGUGCUCUACACUACGAGUCCCCAGACCAUCAUACCUGCAAGUUAACUCGGAUUCCUAUUUCAACCAAAUGCCGAUUUUCCUUUGAGCCGGUUAUCUAUAAGGAGGAAAAGCGCUGUCUACGAGGGUUCCCUGAUUUUUCCCUUUGGUAUGGUCCGUAUGCCAAAAAAGAGAACGCGGCCGUCAAUUUCGUCAUUAUGGAAACAAAGAAAGAACAAUCUUCCCGCGGCAUACCUCAGGCACUUGCCUAUAUGGGUAUGAUUUAUGCACAACGUCAGUAUGAGAAUAGGGUUUACCAUGACAUUUUCGGUCUCUCUACAGAUAAUGAACACUUUCACUUUCUUCGAAUCAAUUACGAAGGACAAGUUAUGAUUUCCGAGAUAUCGAUGGGUUGUCAACGUCAAGAGAUUGUCGAAACACUUGCCUAUAUCCAUCGACAAGCUUCUAUUCUAUCCACCUUAGCAGGAAGCAGUGGAUCAGAAUGCAGCGAUGCACCUAAUGAGUCCCGCUCGCAGCCCCACAUAAAUCACGGCCCUGAACUCCCAAUCAACGACACGGAUGGCAACUCUACGAUAUAUUGGUCGGUAUUUCAAGUGGAUGAAAACAUGUCUUGGGCCGAGGAAUCAGAUAAAGAUGGCUAUGCAUCUGAUAACAACUAUGAGGACUAA